CCGGAACUAAACUUCUUGCCAAAACAAGCAGAUGUUUCCUCUUGUUGAUUGUUUGAGGUUUCAUGACAGUGUCCGCCAGUGGAUGACAGCGUCAGCCCCUUCUCUCAACUUGUACAUUCUCUGACGAACCCCCGCCCCACAUACAGCUUCUGUCUUGCCAGCACACGUCAAGUUUAGUGAAAAAUGGAAGAGGCUCAAGAACAAAUUCAAGGUUGCACAGGGCUUUAUACACCAGCUCAUGCCACCAAUCCCAAGAAACGCAAACGUCUGUCUCAGAGACCACUGCUCAGAUCAUGGGGGAGAGCUCGAGUGGACAUUGGCUUGGCAUUUGAAAGGUGGCGUGCACUGAAAUCAGCAAAAGGUUUGAAAAGUGACGCAGAAGUGGCCUUCUGUCUUCUGGAUGUAAUGAAGAGACUGCCCUCCAUGUCAGAUUCCUCUGGAUCCAGUGACAAGAAGAUAAAAAUCUCCCAGUCUGAAGUGCAGAGACUGAUCGAGCAGGAGGUUCGCAGUGCAGCAAAAAAUAAUGAAAUCAAACUGCAGGGUUUAAUAGAAACUAUUCAAAAGCAGGAUCGUGCAGUUGACUAUGAAAGUUCCAUCCAAAAAUUGGAGGCUCGAAUGAAGACGUUGACCAAGAGAGCAGAAGCAGCUCUUGCCUACGCGACAAAGACACAGAAAAAGAGUCCACAUCCAUCUCUUGUUAACAUGGACGCCAACAGGACAGGGCCUGAGGAUGAGACUAUGGAAACCAUAUCACAGGUAGACAAAAAGUGCACGGAUUUCAUGGACAAGAGUGGAGACCUCUUUCAAAUGAUGGAAACCACAACAAAGGUGCUAAUGAAGAUGCGUACAGAUAAUGAGGCUUUGACGGCUGCCAUAGCAAAUUUAAGAGAGAAGCCACCUCCUCCACUUCUCGCUCCCUUUGGCUCUCCUGAGUGUAAGGGACCCAUCAGGUUCGUAAAGAAAGAGCCAGAGGAGGAGCAAAAAGAAAACAGUACUAACAAGUGCAAGCGGUUAGAGGAGUCAAAGGCUGAGAUGGCGAAAGUACAACGUGUCUCUCCCAGCAAUAGUAACAUUCCCAGGCACACACGCUCUGAGAAGGACAAGCUCUUGUAUCCUCCUCUUCCCUCCACUACUUUCCCCUCCACCCUGAACAUGGAAGCGGCCUCAUACAACAUCCCCCAGCGGCCAGAAGUACAUCUGGCCCUCAUCAGGAACCCUGCCGGCCUCUCUGUUCUCUGGAAAGUGGAGGAGGAAGACCCUUCUGCACCGCCUAUGGAUAGUUACAGCAUCUUCAUGACUACGGAAAAGGUUAAGGGUAGCAGUGUCUUCCCAAAUUGGAAUUUGCUCGGUGAAGUGACAGCCAUCACUCUGCCCAUGUGUGUGAUGAUCAGAAAGUACAAGCCCGGGCACAAGGUGUGUGUUGCUGUGGUGGGCAAAGACAAGUUUGGACGAUAUGGACCCUACAGUAAAGUUGUGACUGCAGCCAUACCCGACUAGUUGGGAGGAGGAUAUGGGGUCAAAGGAGUGACAAUACAAUCCCCUACUUCAAGUGGGUACUCCAUGCUUUGUCAGUGCUAAGUUAUAAUUGCAAAGUUUUCAAAUGCCCAAAGGUUGUUUUUUGCUUUGUCAUAUAGACACAAUUAGAAAUCCUUUGGAACAGAAUGGAAUUGCACCAAAAUCUAAAUGGGUUGUUUGCUGCUUCUGCUGUGAUUUUUAGUUCCAAUGGAAUCAGUGUAUGUAGCAGCGUUUAAGGCACUCGUUUCUCUCUUUGUCUACCACUCAUGCAAAAGAUCACAUAGAGUUUUCAUAUUAUGUGUUUACUCUGCUUCUAAUGAGGAAACACAACACACAGGCAAGUGCUAGUAAACCAGAGGAUGGUUUAAUAGAUAAAGAAGGCAUUGUUAAACCACAACAUUUUAACUGUGGCUAAAAUGUUCAAUUUUUUAAUGAGCCAAUAAAGUUGACUAUG